UUUCAGCAACACCACACAACUGGCUUGAACAGCAGCGGUGGUGUUGUCCUCGCUGCUUCGGACACCUUGCACAAACGCAUCACCCACCCAGCCUCCUGCAGUCCCACAGUCAGGAUGGCCUCGAUCAAGGAGGGGUUUCUCGUGAAGGAAGGAAGAAAGUACAAGACAUGGAAGAAGCGGUACUUUGUGCUCACCAAAGGAGAUGAUCCACAGCUAAUCUACUACUCAAACGCAAAGAAGACAAACGAGCUCUCUUCGCUGGGGAUGAAGGAUUGCGUCGAUGUUAGGGCCAUCGAGCCACCACAGAAGUUUCAUCGCUCAUGCCAUUUCUUCUUUGAGGUUGAGAUGAGCGAUGAGCGCACAUUGAGGAUGUACACCGACAGCGAGGAUGAUCGUGAAGAGUGGAUGCUCCUGAUCAUGCGCUGCAUGAAAGCAUGUUCACAAGACAAUGGACCUGGCAGAAGUGGUUCGCGCGUGUUUAGUUCGUUGUACGACCACGAGCCUGGUCCUGCACUGGUGACCACUUCGCCGCAUGACGUGUGCUCGGGCCAUCUCUUCGCCCUCGGUCGUAAGGAGACUUCGUGGACCCGCCGAUGGUUUGCGAUCCGCAACGGAUUCAUGCUCAUCUUCGAUGACAAAGAGGUGUGCCUGAACGCUGACACGAGCGACAUGUGUCACGGCGGAGGCGAUGAUGGCGACGAUGACCAGCCCCAGCACCACCGUCAUUCGCCAUACCACACGCCGCACCAGCAGCAGCACCACCAGCAGCAGCACCACCAGCAGCAGCACCCCGGUGGAGGAGGGGAUAAGCCUGCGCUCGCAUCCAUGAGAGCUGUGCUGUAUCGGCAGACGACGAUGGAAGGGUUUGAUUCUGAAGAUGACUUGCUUGCAGAUGAUCGAGACAAGGAGGAGGUGGCUGAUGGCUCGGCACACCAGGCCGCAGACACACGAUAAUCAUCAUGGUGCGCGAGGGGGGACGGCUGUGGUGG